AUGACAGAUGUCUUACCGGAAACAUUAAGAGAAAAAUUAAAUAUUCUAUAAGAAAAUCUCAAACGUGCUUUAAGUACUUACUAAAACACUGAUUAGAAAUUAACAACUAGCUCAUAUUCCAAUUUUUAAACAAAAAAUAUUGAAAUUCGUAUUUGGGAUUUAGAUGAUAAACGACAUUGUAAUUUUCUUAUGAUAAGUUUAAAACCUCUUAAUAAACAAAACCCAACCUACUUUUUUGAUUAAAUUAAACCUAAACAAAGAUUAAAUUCAGAAUUUAUUUCCACUCCAACUCAAUCAAUAAAACCACUUUCAUCUGAUUCAUCUUCUAUUCCAUCUAAUUUAAAAAUAUCAAAGAGAUUAAAUUUUUCAGAUUGUUUAGUCUUGAGUUCUCCUUAAAAAAAAGCAAAUCAAUUAUUCAUAAAACUUAAUUUGUAAACUAUCAAUAAAUCAAGUCCUAUUAAAAUUGAUGAUCCACAUCAAGCUAAUCGAUAAUUAACUAACCAGCAAAUAACUUUUAACUUAGUUAAUUUAGAGCAAACACUUUUUAAUUCAUCCUUAUCUAGUUCCAUAAGUAAGCCUGUAAAAAAGAUCAACGAAAAUUAAUCAUGUUCUUUAAAAGAAAUACUUGAAAUAAAACUUCAACAUAAAUCUCAGAACAUAGAAAAAGACAAAAGCAAUCCAAAUUCACAAUUAAUAUUUAAGGAUUUCUCUAGGCUAAAUGAUAAGAUUGAAUCAAUAUCCAUUUCUGAAAAAACCAAUUUUAAUGUUUCUUAAUUAUAAUCAAUCAGUCAAGAUUCAGCUGAUUGUAUGAAUUUUAAAUAGGAAGAAAAUAUUUUAAGCUCUGCAUCUGAAAGGUUGGCUAAGUUUUAUAUUGACUCCACUAAUUAUAAUCAUCCGUUUAAAAAUUUAUAAAGAUAAACUACUGUAGAUAGACACUCAAGAUUAGGUAUUUUAGUAUCAACAAUCAAGAAAGAGCAAUAAAAAUAAAACGAUAGUCUAAUUGCAGAAUCUUUAAUUAUGCUUAAACCUUAAUAAUUAGCCAGAGAUAUAGGUUAAAGAAAACCAAACAUCUUAAAUUUAUUUUUGAAUCCGUUAGACUAAUUUAAAAAUGAUUAAUUACCUGUGUUAACUCUACCAGCCAGCUCAAUAAAGACUUUUAAAACAAUUUCGGAGGAUAAAGUACCAUAAUAAAAUAAUAUUGAUAAAUUAUUUGACUAAAACUUUUAAUUAAAAUAAGAAAAAUUUUAAAGAUGCAAUGAUUUGUAAAUCAAGAGUUUAAAAUCAAUUAAGUUAUCGUUAUUAAAAUAAGAUUAGCAUAACGAUUAAAAUUUUUUGAAUAUGGUUUAAAUUACAAUUGUUAUUAAAGACUUAUUUGAGAAUAGAAAGAUCUAACCGAAGAUUUGUUUCUAAUAUGAAUAAAAUUUAUAAAAAAAUCGGAAAAAAAUUGAGGAAAUCAAACAAUUAAUAUCAACUAAUAAAAAAUAAAACACUUUAAUUUAAAUUAAUCAUGUUAGAUAAUAAUCUAUAAAGGAAUAAAAACUGUAAAUCGAUCCAUAAAAACCUAUCAGAAAUGUUUCAUGUUCAAAUGAUAAAGGAUAAUCUUCAUUUGGAUGUAACACACCAAUUUAUAGUCCAAAUUUUAAUCAAUAAAAAGGAGCAAUGUAAAUGUCAAAAAAUGAAAAAUCUCCUUUGUAUAGAUUUAAAAAGAUAAAAUAUUUAGGUAGAGGAAAUAUCAGUGAUUGUUAUUCAGUAACGUAAAUUUUAAUGUAUUUCUAAAAAUAGAGACACAAUUACAGGUAUGAUGGCAGCUUUGAAAAUAAUAUAAAAAUCUGUAAUCACAAGCAAAGGUAUUCAAGGACUUAUUAAAACAGAGAUUUGUAUAUAAAGUUAUGUCAAUCAUCCAAAUAUUUUAAAAUGUUAUGGAGUAAUAAAUGAUGAUAAACAAGUAUUUAUUUUGUAAAUCUUAGAUUGCUUUGGUUUUAGAAUUGGGAGACAUAACCUUAUUUAAUUAUAGGAAGGAGAAAAAAUUAAAUGAAAAAUAAAUUAUAGAUAUUAUUUAUCAGAUUUUAAGAGGAGUAAGUUAUUUGCAUUAAUUUGGAAUAAUACAUAGAGAUAUAAAACCAGAAAAUAUAUUAUUAUAAGGAGAAGUUGUUAAAUUAGCUGAUUUAGGGAUAUGUAUAAAAGCUGGAAGUUCUUAAUAAUUUUGUGGAACUCCUGGUUNAAUAAUUAGCCAGAGAUAUAGGUUAAAGAAAACCAAACAUCUUAAAUUUAUUUUUGAAUCCGUUAGACUAAUUUAAAAAUGAUUAAUUACCUGUGUUAACUCUACCAGCCAGCUCAAUAAAGACUUUUAAAACAAUUUCGGAGGAUAAAGUACCAUAAUAAAAUAAUAUUGAUAAAUUAUUUGACUAAAACUUUUAAUUAAAAUAAGAAAAAUUUUAAAGAUGCAAUGAUUUGUAAAUCAAGAGUUUAAAAUCAAUUAAGUUAUCGUUAUUAAAAUAAGAUUAGCAUAACGAUUAAAAUUUUUUGAAUAUGGUUUAAAUUACAAUUGUUAUUAAAGACUUAUUUGAGAAUAGAAAGAUCUAACCGAAGAUUUGUUUCUAAUAUGAAUAAAAUUUAUAAAAAAAUCGGAAAAAAAUUGAGGAAAUCAAACAAUUAAUAUCAACUAAUAAAAAAUAAAACACUUUAAUUUAAAUUAAUCAUGUUAGAUAAUAAUCUAUAAAGGAAUAAAAACUGUAAAUCGAUCCAUAAAAACCUAUCAGAAAUGUUUCAUGUUCAAAUGAUAAAGGAUAAUCUUCAUUUGGAUGUAACACACCAAUUUAUAGUCCAAAUUUUAAUCAAUAAAAAGGAGCAAUGUAAAUGUCAAAAAAUGAAAAAUCUCCUUUGUAUAGAUUUAAAAAGAUAAAAUAUUUAGGUAGAGGAAAUAUCAGUGAUUGUUAUUCAGUAACGUAAAUUUUAAUGUAUUUCUAAAAAUAGAGACACAAUUACAGGUAUGAUGGCAGCUUUGAAAAUAAUAUAAAAAUCUGUAAUCACAAGCAAAGGUAUUCAAGGACUUAUUAAAACAGAGAUUUGUAUAUAAAGUUAUGUCAAUCAUCCAAAUAUUUUAAAAUGUUAUGGAGUAAUAAAUGAUGAUAAACAAGUAUUUAUUUUGUAAAUCUUAGAUUGCUUUGGUUUUAGAAUUGGGAGACAUAACCUUAUUUAAUUAUAGGAAGGAGAAAAAAUUAAAUGAAAAAUAAAUUAUAGAUAUUAUUUAUCAGAUUUUAAGAGGAGUAAGUUAUUUGCAUUAAUUUGGAAUAAUACAUAGAGAUAUAAAACCAGAAAAUAUAUUAUUAUAAGGAGAAGUUGUUAAAUUAGCUGAUUUAGGGAUAUGUAUAAAAGCUGGAAGUUCUUAAUAAUUUUGUGGAACUCCUGGUUAUAUGGCACCAGAAAUAACAAUGAAUAAAAGAUAUGAUAACAAAGUGGAUUGUUAUAGUAUUGGAGUAUUAAUACAUGAAUUGUUAUUUGGAAAGAUUCCUAAAGUAGGUUCAAAAGUUAUUGGAGAUACUCAAUUGAUAAAAUUAAUGAAUAGAUUGUUGGAUGUAGAUGCAGGAUAGAGAUUAAGUUGUAAAUAAGCAUUAGAAUAUGAAAUGUUUAGAUUUUGUGAGAAGAAGAUGGCAAAAUAUUCAGAGAUGAUAAAAAACACUAUCUUUUGGGAUUAUUGA